AUGCCAGCCGCCGCCGGGGGCAGCAGUGGUCUCUUGGAGGCCUUUCGGAAACCGGACUUCAAUGUCGCCGCCUUCGUCAAGGAGGCCACGUCAGGUCAGGAGAAGGCCCUGCGCUUGUCCCAGCAGCUCCAAGAUUCGGCAAGCAGCCUCGAAGAGGAUUUGCGUCGCGAGAUCGCCUCCUGCCAUGAGGAGCUUCUACUUUGCGCGGGGAGCAUCAGCGACCUCGAGGGGCAGCUGGGUGAGGCGAGUGACAUCGUCGGAGCACUCAAAGGUUCUGUCGCGCGACUACGGAGCGAUAUGCUGGUCCCCUUCAAGGAAGUAAAGGGGAACGUCGAGCUGCUGGAGCGCAUGCAGGCCGUGAACGUAUUAGUCCGAAAACUGUUGCGCUUCCUCUUCGAUGCGCGAAAGCUGCGCAGCCAGAUGGAUGCCCCCGGCAAGGACUUUUCCAAGGCGGCGCACACUCUGCAUGAGCUGGAGUCGGUAUUGCAGGAGAGCAGCCUGGAGAAAGUGGACAUUCUUCGGGCCGAGGUCCUCUUCAUCCGGGAUGUGGGGGCACGCGUCCGGCGGCAGUCCGAGGAGGACCUGCGGACUGGAGUGCGGCAGGGGAACCACAUCGCCCUGAGUGUGGCCUUGCAGGUGUUCUUCAACUUAGAGAGUCUGUGGCCUCAGCUGAAGAAGCUGCUGGCGGAGCUUCUGGAGGAAGUCAGGCAGGCGCCUUUGUCAGCUGCAGGCUUUCUACAGGGCUUGGAUGUGAACCUCCAGGUGCUUGUGGCUCAGACGCAGCGCGUGCAUGCCUUGGAGGAGAUCGUAGCAGCCAAGAUCGACCCGAUUACGCACAAGAGCUUCCAAUCUGUCUUGGAGGAUGCUGGGGUUCGCUCUUUGACGGCCCACUUCUGGACGGAAGCUGCCAAUGUCUUUAAGGCCAAGCUCGGGAAGGUGUGCCAGGACCGAGCUUUCCGAUCGAAGGCCAUCUCAGACUGCCCGAAGGUGCUCCAAAGUUUGGUCUCCGCUGUAGAGAAGCUGGGCCGGGGAAAAGUCAUGAAGUCAACAGAGCGCGAGCAACUUUACCAGUCUGCUGCAGAAUUGCGGAACGAGUUUUUGGGCGAGUCCAUCCGACGCGUAACUGAUCCUAUCGAGAUGAUGCUGCCGGAUAAGCUGCUGUCAAGCCUGAGUGCUUCCGGUGAGCGCAUCGGGGGAACUGGCGAGACAGUGACGGACGAGCUUCCCACCAUGCAUGAUCUGCGGCGUUACGUGCAGCUGCUGGUGACGGAGUUGGAACGUGUCGAGUGCUGCCCAGAUCUCCUGCUGAAGGAUGUGGUGCGAAGCGUCCGGAGUUCCGUGCUGUUCUUCGCCACUCGAUUGGAGCAGGUUGUAGAUUCAUCCUCUGCAUUCCAGUGCCUGACGGAAGAGGAUGGGCUCUUGCGGUUAAAGUCGCCGCUUCCCAUGCCCACUGCCGGCCACGCCCGGAAUGCCCGGUUGUUUGGCAUCGCCCAUCACACUUUGACGGCCCUUCGGGAAUUGGUGCCUUCGCGAUUCUUCGAGUCGGUGGCCACCGAUCAGGUGCAGAACACCCUGAAGCAAGCCCAAGCGGCGGUGGUGAUGCCGAUCUUCGCGAAUCUCCAGGGCUCCCUUUCAAAGGCCCUCAUCGCCGCCUGCAUCCAGGGAGAAGGCGAGAGCCAACUCCUCGCCGUGAGCCAGGCAGCUGCUCAUUUGAGUCGCCACUUCUUCUCUCUCUUCGGGGCGGGCCAGCUCCAGGGUCACCUCCGGGACUUUUGCAGCUCUGCGCUGCGGUUCUUCUUGUCCGCAGCCGCUUUGUCACGGUCUCCGCUCCGCCAAGAGCUGACGACCCUCGAAAGCCUGCUGCAAAGCAUCGAUCCCGACUACGCCUCCCACCUCCGCUACUGA